UCUGUCCAUGUUCUUUUUACUUAAAAUCUAAUAAAAUAUUUUCAUUGCCCUAAUUGGACAAUUAAAUGAUUGGUUUGACGAUAAUAAUCACUGACCAAUAGCGUCGAGAAUAAGUGCAGGAAGUAGGCUACUAACUAUUAUGCAUAGACAGCUAUUAUGUCGCUUACGCAAACUGUUUCAAAACAGGCGCACGAGCUACAAACUACUGUAAUGUUGAGCUGAAAAUACGUCAUUCGUGAGUCAGUAGAACUAACAUAAUUUUGUGCGUAUGACGCUGUAAUUCGAAGACUUUACCGGUUGAUUGUGUCUCGGCUGAUACCAAAGAUCCUUGAUUACUAGCCGCUUGAACCCUCUCUGCUGAUACAUUUCGAUACUGUUCGCAUUUCAACUGGGCUAGCACUAUCUAGGGCCCAACGAGGGGGUUCUCUGGAAUGGCUCAGGUACCCAAAUUUCGACUCGCUGGUGGCCUUGAAAUAUGUCGUAUUUUGAAUGGUAUGUGGCAGGUUUCAGGUGCACAUGGUCCAGUUGAUCCAGAAAAAGCAGCCCAGGCAAUGGAACCUUAUGUUAAUGCUGGUCUAACAACCUUUGACAUGGCCGACAUUUAUGGCCCUGCAGAGGAAAUAUUUGGAAGAUUUUAUAGUCAGGCCAAGUCCAGGUCCAGCAGCCCACCCCCAGUGCAGGCCUUAACCAAGUGGGUCCCAAGACCUGGGCCGAUGGACCGCAAGGUGGUAGAGAAGGCAAUACAAAGGUCCUUGGAUAGAAUGCAGGUGGACACACUGGACUGUGUCCAGUUCCACUGGUGGGACUACAAUGACAAGAGAUACCUUGAGGCUCUUGGUCACUUAGCUGAUCUGCGGCAAGAGGGCAACAUACGGGAGUUAUCAUUGACGAACUUUGACACUAAGCGACUGGAGGAGAUUACAGGAAAAGGGAUUUGCAUCUCCAGCAAUCAGGUCCAGUACUCUCUAAUUGACCGCAGGCCGGCUGUCCACAUGGAGCGCUUCUGCCUUGACCAAGGCAUUCAACUGCUAACAUAUGGAACACUAGGAGGGGGGCUGCUGACGGAGAAGUAUCUUGGCCGUGCUGAGCCAAAGAGUCGGGCCGAGCUGAACACGGCGUCUCUGGGCAAAUACAAAAACGUGGUGGACAUGUGGGGCGGCUGGGGCCUCUUCCAGGAGCUGCUGGCCGUCUUGGACACUGUCGCCAAGGCGCGCGGCGGCUCCGUCGCCAACGUGGCCACGCGCUACAUCCUGGACCGCCCGGCGGUGGGCGGGGUGAUCGUGGGCUGCAGGCUGGGCGUCUCCGGGGCGGAGCACAUCGAGGACACGCUGCGCAGCUGCACGUUGGAGCUGCGGCCAGAGGACGUGAGCGCCAUCGACGGCGUGCUGCAGCGCUCCCGAGACCUCAUUCGCAUCAUCGGAGACUGCGGAGACGAGUACCGCCACUAGGAGGCCGAACGCGAGGACGCAGAGAGGAGGGGCAAGAAACUCGCAUGAACGCGCUCUGUGACUGCCGGCGUGAUGGGCUAUCAUCAACAUUACUUUACAUUUUUUAAUUUACACAACACUUUUAUCCAAAGCGACUUAGAAAAUGAGAACAAAUCAAAGAAAAAUGCAAGUUUAGCUGUGCAGGUUUAGAAGGUUUAGGAAUCAAGCUAUGCCAUUAUAGUUUUAAAUGAUGGCUGUGGUGUGUGAAAAGCUUUUAAUACUGCAAAACGCUUUUCCAUUGUGCAUGAGAAUGUGACUGUGUGUGUGACGCAAACGUGAACAGGGGGAGCAUGAUGCAACACUGGUGAAAAAUAUAUUCCGUCACUAGCCAUGAAAAUGGAUUUGAACAGUGGGAAUGAAAUAAACCACUACAGUCAUAUGAUAAUCUAUAGUAACCAUAGUGGAUGAAAAGUACAUCAGGUCAUCCUUAUGGCAGACAAGAAGUAAAAGGUGGCAGAUUGAAGGGGUCAUCAUAACUGACCCAUGUGGUCUCAUUAAUGGGGAUGACCAGCUGGUUGUAUGGCACUGCCAGGGGCACUGUUGGGUAGACUCUCCAGCUGGCUGAAUUGAUUAUGCAUGUGUAUAUGUGGGUUAGGGGGGGUUAAUACAUUUGUAGCUCUCAGUAACCAUAGUGACACUCUUCGCUCCUGCCUGACCUGAGACCAGUGAUCAGGCCCCACUGGGAGCAGAAAAAAACAUGAGCGGAUCGACAGACAUCACUCUCUGUGACUCACAUUUUGGGUUGCACUCUGUGCAUAGAAAAUGUGCUAUAUAAAUAAACUUACUACUACUAGUUCCACUACACCAAAGGAGACAUUUUGAGUGUAAGCUAAUGGUGCUCCUCAGGUAAUUUGGGUUACCUCUAUAGCCUGGCUGGCUACAAGAUUCAUCUGAAGUUUUUUGAAAGGCACCAAAUGCAAUUUCUCAUACAACAUAAUAAAACAAAACAUAACAUAUCCUGGAUGUUUGUAAGUCUUCUAAUGCUUGAAUUAUCUUAUAUGUUUGCCUUUUUAUGUCCAAGAAUCCAAUAGAACUUGCCAGGUGCAAGUAUAGUGUAUCAGAUGCACUGUAUACAAUAGAUUAACGCUAUAUCUCUUAGUAGUUCAGUGUAUGAGCAUUUUUAUUUUAUGACCAGAUAACACGUUAAGAUCAGUUUAUCUUGUUUAUCUUUAUGUGUCAAGUCUAAGCUGUCUUCCUGAACUGCUGUAGUCCCAUGGCCUAUGGGUUGUCCUCCUCUGCUGUGUCCGCAUGACUACCACUGUGUGUAGGAGUAAAAUGCUGAAAGGGGCGGUGGGAGAUAUGCUGUCUCAUGCUCACACGUGCCACGGCGCUGUCUAAUGCUUUAGCUGCUGCUGCUGAAUUAUUAACCUGCAUGAAAUAUGCACAGCAGGGCCAGGAUGAGAGUGUAUGUUCUGUUGGCAGGGACUCGUGUGGCAGAGUGCUUUAGCCUCUAAUCAAUUCAUCACAUUAAAAGUUACAUUCAGCUGGAAACGUGAAUGCUGCUCAGAGGAUUUUCAGGUGAAUUAGAUAUGUAAGAAGGUAAAAUGAAAUUAAUAAUUGUCAUAAAAAAUGUUCAAAUGUCAACGAGUGCAUGCAGGUUAAUGAUGUUGAUAGGAGUGUGCUAAUCAGAAUCUGCUUUUUUUAAAUAUUUUAAUUGCUUUAUGUUUGAUUUGAUCCUUUGAUCCUACUUUACUCAUUCUGUGAGGAGUAAAUCCAUGAUGGGGCCAAAAUGGAAUUGCUUUACUUAUGAACAUUUAGACGCCAAAAUGGAUUUGGUGAGAUUGCCACCUGAAAGCAUUUGUGUUGGUGAUACCGGGCUCUUUGAGGCUGGAGUCUCUUGGAACCACUUAAUAAAGUCAUGGUGAGA